CUCCAAGCCGUAGCUCCCGAUGACUCUUCUCAACCAGGAGGUGAAAUAUCUAUUUUUCCAAAAACUUAUGUUCCUUCCUUGCCUCAGCUUGUUUAUCUUAGCCGAACCUCGGCAUCUUUUGGAGCGAGUCUGCCGGCGCCAGCUUCUGCAGAAAAAAGUACCUUCGCACAUAUUUCUCGCGCGCGAGGUACCUCCGCAGCGUCGAGUGGGUUUCGCUUACAUAGUUAAUCACGUAGUUCAUCCAUUCGGCAAAGCCGCGAAAACCCAGCUCGGGGACUUCCCCACAAAGCCCCGAGAUUACCCGUUUUCGGGGAGACAGAAGCCCUAAGCGCGAAAUUGUUGCCCCGCAGAAAAAGGAAACAUGGGCUUGCUGUUGCCCGCACUAAACUCCAUCGGUGGUUGCCGAGAGGCAUGUGAAGCACGCUGUAGAGUGCUAAGCUUGGGGAGAGAUAUCACGGAAUGAUGUUAAGGGUUAUUGGUGGGAUGCGUUCACAUGUCUUUUUCUUUCUUUCAUUCGAAUCAGGUGAGAUCUGGGAAGGGUCAUGCAGGUCCAGCUUGCGCCAGGCGUGGUAAUUCUUAUUAUAGAGGAGGGUGGGAUUGUUACGGGAUCUCCAGCUUAGCUCGUUGAACCUCGGGACUGAGAGAUCUGGACGUUUUCAACUCUCGCCACGGGCCAUGGCGUAAUAUAGAGGAAGGAAGCUGUAUGGAGAAAUGGUAGUAAAUGAGGUUGAUUCUUCUUCGGAUGCUCAGCGAUUUUUCUUCUUCCCUACCCGUUUUCACAAAGGCAAAUGAGAAAAAAGAAUCCCGGUUGGUAUUUCUCUUGGAAUGGCCUUUUUUGACCCUGCUUCCGGUGUCAGAGGUCAUCAUCCUCCAUCCUUCCGCUCGCCCAUGGGAUGGGCCUGCACAGCGAGAUAAUACCGCUUCCUGGUUGUUCAAGGCGCCGUGUUUUAACUGUACAAAUAAUUUCGGGGAUAUUGAAAAUAAAAUAGGGCUUACCUUUUUUGCAUCAUUAUUAGCUCCAACUGCUACCUACUGGGUCUCAAUUUCUAAAUUUCCCGUCCUAGAUAUAUUAUCCUCUUGUUAUAGAAAAAGCUUAUUGUGCCUUUUUUUUUAAUUCUCUUCCUCGGCAUUUCUGAUAGGCAGUUACUCAUUCCUUUAACUCUCCUUCUACGACUUUUUCUUUUCCUCAUUCAAUUGCAUUGCUCAAAAUUGGAUAUUAGAAACUCCGCCGUUUAAAGAUAGCAGUUAGGGGCCGUUGAACCUGCGCAUACUCUCUCUUCACCUCCCUCUCUCCUUUCGUUCCCUCUCCACUCCUUCACACCAUAUCAACAUGUCUUCAAAGAAUGUAAAUGGUCCCAAUGGGAAAAAGCCCGCCUCGGCGGCUACCAACUUAAUUGCUGGUGGUACUGCUGGAAUGAUGGAAGCACUCGUGUGCCAUCCUCUAGAUACCGUUAAGGUCCGAAUGCAACUGUCAAAAAGAGCGCGGGCACCAGGGGUAAAACCUCGGGGGUUCGUUUCGACUGGGCGGGAAAUUGUGAGGAGAGAGACAGCUCUUGGUUUAUAUAAGGGUCUUGGUGCUGUCUUGAGCGGAAUAGUACCGAAGAUGGCCAUUCGAUUCACAUCAUAUGGGUGGUGCAAGCAGGCUCUCAGUAAUAAGGAAACAGGGAAACUUUCCGGUUCUGCUAACAUGCUUGCUGGUCUUGCGGCUGGUGUUACAGAAGCCGUCGCAGUCGUCACGCCCAUGGAAGUGAUCAAGAUUCGUCUCCAGGCGCAACAGCACAGCCUAGCUGAUCCUCUCGACACCCCCAAAUACCGCAGCGCGCCACAUGCUCUCCUCACUGUUGUGCGGGAGGAGGGUUUCGGCGCUCUAUAUCGCGGUGUUUCUCUCACUGCUCUCCGACAGGGUACCAACCAAGCCGUCAACUUCACUGCAUAUACCGAACUCAAGGUGCUCCUUCAAAAAUGGCAGCCCCAAUAUUCCGAGAAGGAGCUUCCUAGUUACCAGACCAUGGUUAUUGGUUUGAUAUCCGGAGCUAUGGGCCCCUUCUCCAACGCGCCCAUUGAUACGAUCAAAACCCGGCUGCAAAGAACUCCCGCUCAACCCGGCCAAACGGCUCUUUCACGCAUUACGACCAUUUCGAGCGAGAUGUUCAAGCAGGAGGGCGCCAGAGCAUUCUAUAAGGGUAUCACACCUCGUGUCAUGCGUGUUGCACCUGGCCAGGCCGUUACGUUUACCGUGUAUGAGUUCAUAAAGGAGCGCCUGGAGCGGUCGCCGUGGUCGAUUGUGGGCGGCAACAAGUAUACUGAGUGAUUUAGCUCGUGGCUUUUUGUCCCUGAGUGUCUGCGCUGGGUAUCAAGGGGAAUCACCUUGUAUUUAGAAGUAACAAAAAACUGUGGCAGCGGCUCUUACUUACGCUUUUCCAUUGCGGGUAACUAUGGGUUAUACAGAGGUGUAACCUUGGAACUUGCAUGUUGAUUCCAUUUAAGAUUUCUAUUGCUUUAGAUAGAUAUCCAAUUUCUUUGUGUGGAUAUUAGCGCCAUUAUUGUUUUCCUGCCUCUACCCUACCCUCAUCUCUUAUUUUUCUGCUUUUCUCUCUGGAGCUAAACAAUUUUUAUUCCUGUAUCGAUAAAUUCUGGCAUUGUUUAUUUAUUGCCACUUGGGAAAAUGUAUAUAGGGAAAGAAUAUAGAGGUUAUUUUAAUGCUAUCGCCUCUCUUGAGGUUCAGCCAUGCUUGAGGUUUCCAGUCCAAUCCAUUGACAACCAAUCACUGAAAUAAAGGGGGGAGCAGCAUUUCCGCAGCCAAAACCAUAAUUCUUAUAAUGUCUCUCAGAUAAUAAAAUAAUAAAAUUAAUCGC